CACAAAAGUCCGCCCGCGCUCCUUUCACUCCCACAUUUGCGCCCGUAUCCAGCACCGCCAAAGGCCAUCUCGAACACUCGCCGCCGCGCACUCUCACAUCCACUUCGGAGUCACCAGUCUCAACCUUCACAAUGGCUAUCAGCCCUCAAAUUACCAACCUGGUCAUCAUCCUGGGGUUCAUGCAGAUCUCCAAGAAGAUACCAUUUGAUGACCCGAACGUCCUCAAUGGCGUGCGCGUCCUCUACAUCGUCUCCAACCUCAUCAUCGCGGGUGUCUACCUCUACGUUCAGGCACAGAUCAACAAGAAGAAUGACAUGACCGUCGUCAAAUACGUCGAGCCCGCCCCCAUGGGUUCCGGCGAAGAGCCGAAAUUUGUCGCUACGACCGUCAAGGCCUAUGACCUGCAAAAGCUGCGCGAGCUUUUCAAGGCCCAGCUCAUGGGUGUCGGCAUGAUGGGUGUCAUGCACAUUUACUUCAAGUACACCAACCCGCUCCUGAUCCAGUCCAUCAUUCCUUUGAAGGGCGCUUUCGAGGGCAAUCUCGUCAAGGUCCAUCUCCUCGGACAAUCGGCUACAGGCGACCUACAAAGGCCAUGGAAGGCUAGCGGUGGUAUGAUGGGCGCGAUGUCCGGCGGAGAGAUCAAGACGGACAAGAAGAGCAUCGAGGCUGCGGAGCGUGCUGGCCGUGGUGGGGUCAAGGACGAGUAAACGCGCGAUUCAUACCGGCUAGUUUUUAUGUCUGGGUUCAUAUGAGAUCCGUAUUUCAAUGAGGGGCGCUAUUGCGGUCGGUCCUCGUGGCUCGUCUGAGUGACUAGGUGCCAUGCUUGCUAAUUGUAUAGUUUAGAAAAGCUAUGUCACUUCCAUUCCUACUUCCUACUUAUGAAAUUGGCCUCUCGUGCCUAUGCAGUCGCACUAUGGCGGUGGACACAACUCGUCAGCCCCCGCCGCCCGAUUUCAGGAG